AUGGGCAUGGGAGCCCGAAUCUACUCCUCAGAAGAUGUCGGUAGCUUUGGGGCAUAUGGUGCUCAAAAUGUUUUACUUCUGAUUGGACCAACUCUAUCCAUGUUGACCGUCAAUAUCACUCAAGUAAAAAUGAUGCAGUGUUUGAAAUCCGAGAACAUGGGAUUACUCCCAGCUCGUUUUCGACUGCCGACAUACCUCACUUUAAACGUUGUUUUGCUUGUCAUUCAAUUGAUCGGAACGGUUAUUUACGCAAUGACUCAGAAUAUUGCUCUCGUCGAGUCUGCGUCAAAGCUCCUCACUGCGACCUACGUGUGUCAAAUGGUGUUCUGGAUAUUCACUUUGGUGGAGAAUGUUUUCUGGAGUAUCCGAUUUGGGCGGCAUUCUGCCAGUAAUCAAUCGAUGAUGCCUCACUGGAAACUCUAUAACCAGCUGUUUGGUCUGGCAGUUUCCAUCGUUGCCCUCGGCCGAAAUUUGGUGCGCUUGACACAACUUGGCAUGGGACCUACCGGCUUUUUGUCGGUCAAUGAAUGGCCUAGCUACGCUUUCGACUUUUAUCAAUUAGCCGUGAUUCUCUUGGGAUGGGGUGUAUUUUAUUUGCCAGGAGUUUGCAAGGAGAUUCAGUUCAAACAAGUUCAUGAGGAGUCGCAAAGUCAUGAAUGUUGA